CGUCCAUACAUAGACUCUCUUCACCUCGAAACACCAUCGUCACAGCAUCAUCACCACUAAAUAUCACCACCACCAUCAUCAUCAUCACCACCACCGUCAUCACCAUUAUCGCACACCACGACCACCUGCUGCCAGCGAAUCCGCCUCUCCCUGCGCUGCGGUUUCUGUCCGUGUGCCUUGUGCCUCGCACUCUGCCAUAGAUGCGUCGGCCCGCACAUCGCCAUCAUCUAGCCUUGUUCGACUGUGCUCCCUCUUCCCUGCACGCUUGAACCUGGCUGUCACAGCCUCCGACUACUGUAUCAUAACCACGCUGCUUCUCUGACGCUGACCAAUUUCACUGCAUUCCGGGCGCCUGUCUUCGUUGCCGACCGUCUCCCCAUCUCUCUGCCGUCGCCGCAAUGGCGUCGAAUGGCACUGCCACUUCGCCUCCAACCGAGCCCCCAAGCUCGACUCCUGUCCCGCUCCCUCCGUCCUCCACUCCAUCGCAGCCGCCGCCCUCAACCCCCCCACCACCUCCGUCGUCCUCUGCCCCUCCGCCUCCUCCCUCUUCUACCCCGUCGGCCAGCGUGCCCUCUACCGUAACAGCUCCGUCGAGGCAACCAUCGACACAGAUAAUCACUUCGAUUGUGACUCCUACACCGUCCGUGCCGGGAGAGUCAGUCCAGCCAUCGACGCUUAUUGUGACCAUCACUACGCUUCCGAACGGUGACGGUCAGCCUUCCAACACCGCGUCUGGUCCAGCACCAUCGUCCUCAACCACGAGCCCCGCUGGGCUUCAGAACGUCAACAAGGCCAAGAGUGGAGGUGGACUGUCAACCGGAGGGAAGACGGCCAUUGCCGUGGUCGUGCCUGUCGUUGUUGUUGGACUGCUCGUUCUUGCCGGCAUCAUCUUGUGGAGGCGACGCAAGCAGCGCAAGAAUGCUGAAGAGGCGCGACGCAAGGAGGUCGAAGAGUACGGCUUCAACCCCAACAACGACCCGACGCUUCCGGCCGUGGGAAUGACGUCUGAGAUGGCCGAAGACCAGAGCGGGUACCGGGGCUGGGGCAACACCACAGCUGCGAGCUCAAAUCGCAAGGCCUCAACGACCCUGGCCAGCGGCAUGGCCUACUCCGACAGCACCUCCAACCCAGGGGGCCCGAACUCCCCAACCCAAGCGCACUCGGACAAUCAAUCAACCGACCCGCUAGUCCAUGGUCGCCGCGAGACUCUAGACGCCGACACCUUGGGAGUGCUGGGUACCGCCGUCAACGCGAAUCCGAACCAGAACCAGGCAGCCGUGCAUCGUGGCCCCUCCAACGCGUCCUCUUCCUACUCUGCCGCUGCCCACUCGGACAACUCGGGCGACUAUCCCAUCCCCACGUCCAACCCCCAGGACUAUUAUGAUAACGGUGGAUAUAAUGCGUAUUCGAAUAAUCAGUACUACAAUGCAUAUACCACGGAUCAACAACCGGUGAUAAGGGAUGUCUCGGCGCGGAGGAAUACGAGGAUUGAGAAUCCGAGUGUGUUUCCACAGCAGGGGAACUCGGGCAUUGCGCAGAAUUUUUAAAGGGGAUGCAGUGAGAUUGAGCGAGGUGGUGCUCCGGCGGUCUUUUGUUGUCAUUGUUUGUCUCUUCUUUUCUGUCGGUUUGUCACUUUGAGCGAGUCGGUUACCCCACACAGCUGGCGUUGGAGGGAUCCAAGUGUUUUUGUUCAGUCUAUUGUUUCAUUACUCUUGAUGGCGGCCGUCGUAGAUUUUGAGGUCGGAGAUGCAGAUGCGGAUGCAGGGGCGCGCACCAAUGUGCCUUUAUGCAGGGUCGCGGUGGAACAGAGUUGGUUCAGAGGGGGGAACGGCUCGUUGUUGUGUGACGGGACCAAAGAAGUGAUGGUGAUGCUUGCGUUGGGUUGACGUGCCUUCAUCAUGCAUAAGCAAUGCUUGAGCCUAGCUAAUUCGUGGGAGUGAGGGGGAAAGGAAAAUUGAUCAUGGGAAAGUCAGUGGCUCUCUGUUACGCCAUGUUCCUACCACCAUUUGUGGUUUUCGAUACCGUACUACUCUGCUC